AUGACGGCCGAUGAUGUCGUUGCAGCCGGCACUGCGUCCUCCUGGGCAACCCCCGGUCUACCAUCCAUGCGUACCGACAUCAACUCUGUCCCGCCCAAUUCUCUCUACACGAUCUCGGCCGGUCUAGCGUUCAAAGCUGCCCACUCCACCCUUUCGUAUAUUGAGGAGAACGCGUCCUCGUUGGCCGACUUCGUGGGCUCACGCCUCGAGAUCUCCCGUGGGCUCCCCUCUGUCGGCACCCACUAA